AUGUCUUGUUCAAAUUUGACAAUGUGGGUGUCUUCAAAACCUGCCCUUUCUGACACCUCCUCGCUCUCCUGCCGAUCUUUUAUCAGCCCUUUUCAGCUUCCUUCACAAAACUCUCUCCCUGCCAGCCCCUCAAGAUCGUCUUCUGUGUCCCCGAUUCACUGCGGUCUCCGUGAGCUUCGAGAACGUAUUGAUUCUGUAAAGAACACCCAGAAGAUCACUGAGGCUAUGAAGCUUGUGGCAGCUGCCAAAGUCCGCAGAGCUCAAGAAGCUGUCGUUAAUGGAAGACCCUUCUCGGAAACUCUUGUGGAAGUUCUUUACAACAUCAAUGAGCAGCUCCAAGUGGAAGACAUAGAUGCUCCCCUGACCAAUGUUAGGCCUGUCAAGAAAGUUGCUCUUGUUGUCAUAACCGGCGAUCGUGGUCUUUGUGGAGGUUUCAACAAUGCAAUUAUCAAGAAAGCUGAGAGAAGAAUAUCUGAAUUGAAGGCUCUUGGUCUCGAAUACACGAUCAUCAGCGUUGGCAAAAAGGGUAACUCUUAUUUUCUAAGGCGGCCUUACAUUCCAGUUGAUAAGUUUCUUGAGGGAACCAACCUCCCAACUGCCAAAGAAGCACAGGCCAUCGCAGAUGAUGUGUUCUCCCUCUUUGUGAGUGAAGAAGUUGACAAAGUUGAGCUUUUGUACACCAAAUUUGUGUCGUUGGUUAAGUCUGACCCUGUGAUUCAUACCUUGCUUCCACUCUCACCAAAAGGGGAGAUUUGUGAUAUUAAUGGUGUGUGUGUGGAUGCUGCUGAUGAUGAGUUCUUCAGGUUGACAACAAAGGAAGGGAAGUUGACUGUAGAGAGAGAUGUGGUGAGGACAACAACCGUGGAUUUCACACCGGUUUUGCAAUUCGAGCAGGAUCCAGUUCAGAUUCUUGAUGCUUUGCUGCCUUUGUACCUCAACAGUCAGAUUUUGAGGGCAUUGCAGGAGUCACUAGCCAGUGAGCUUGCUGCUAGGAUGAGUGCUAUGAGCAAUGCAACUGAUAAUGCAGUGGAGUUGAAGAAGAACUUGUCCAGGGUCUACAACAGGCAGCGCCAGGCCAAAAUCACAGGGGAGAUAUUGGAGAUUGUUUCUGGUGCCAAUGCCUUAGUUUGA